AUGAAUCCACUCUUGUGGGUUGUAUUCGUUGUUGUACUGUACAUCUUGUUGAACCUGAAGGCGCUCUGGAAAGCGAUCCAGGAAAGAAGGCAUAUUGUGAAAUGUUUGGAGCCAAUGGAGGGCCCGGAGGCUCUGCCUUUGAUCGGGGUUGCUCAUAAACUCAAUCCGGAUAGUGUUUGUAAGCAUUGUGUUUUACUUUAGAUGAUAGAAUGUAUUAUAUGACAAUUCGGUUGCAUCCUGUUCGUUCGGUGCUUAGAUUGAAGCCAGUAAAAGUAAAAAUAUUAACUUGCGCUUUGCAGUCUAUAUUUUAUGUAGGAACCACAACAACAUCUUUUUUUCAGUGAUGACUUACAUAAUGGAAUACUUCUUCCGAUCCCACACGGACGCGUUGAACUCAAAUGGAGUCAUGAAACUUUGGCUAGGGCCAAAACCUAUUGUAAUGCUGUAUAAACCGGAAACUGUGAGAGUAAGCAAUGUUCUCUAUUUGGAAAAUUCAUUGCUUGAUUUUUAGCCAAUUUUGGACAGUCAUGUGUUUGUUCAAAAACCCAAUGAUUACGAUUUCCUGAAAGAAUGGCUGGGUGAAGGUUUACUGACAAGGUACGUUAAAAUACGAAGAUUUGGAAUGAUGCUCUUAAUUCUCUUUUAGCUCGAAUCCAAAAUGGCACUCCAGAAGAAAGAUGCUGACGCCGGCGUUUCAUUUCAGUAUUUUGGAGAAUUUUAUGAAUUGUUUCAACGAGCAAGCCAGUGUAAGCUAGAAAAGCCUUCUCUUUUCAAUUUAUGUAACAAUAUCUCUCGAAAUCAGAAUCCUUAUUUUCCAGGUUUUGGUCCAAAAACUAGAUAAUUACGCGAAAAGUGGAUAUCCCUUCGACAUUUAUCCUCAUCUCAAAGCGAUUGCUCUCGACGUUAUCUGUGGUAGGUGCUUGUUGACAUUGAAUAAUUUUCAAGCAGAAUGCUUUUAUUAAAGCACUUUUCUUUGAAUUUCUAACAUCGUAAUCGUUUGUCAUCCAGAAGCUCUCACAAAAGGUAGCGAGCCUCCGGAAAAUUCCGACCUAAAUUUCUCGACGGCUUGUGGCAAUUUCCACUAUUUUUAUCGUCCUUUCAGAAGCCGCUAUGGGAGUUCAGAUGGGCUCGCAGACCGGUAAAAACAUGGAAUACGUCCGUUCUGUGAAGAUUCUCUGCGAAUCCCUCUGGCUUCGGAUUCGGUCUCCCUGGCUCUGGCCCGCCCUACCCUGGAAUCUCCUCGGCUAUGGGCCUAAAUGCAGAGAUGCCUUGAAGGUUGUAAAAGGGUUCAGCGAGAAGAUUAUUCAAGAAAGACGAAGAGAAUUCCAGGAGAGAAACAACAACAAACAAGAGAACGAAAGGCCCGCGUUUCUGGACAUUUUGCUGGGAAUGGAAUCAGCGAAAUGCCUGACUGACGAGGACAUCCGAGAAGAAGUGGACACGUUUAUGUUUGAGGGGCAUGACACAGUCAGCAAUACUCUCUCCUUCUUGUUGUUUAUGAUCAGCGACCAGGCGAACUUGCAUUUUCAGGACAAAAUUUAUGAGGAAUUAAGGGAAAUCUUUGGUGAGAACCUUGAGUUUGAAUUUUUUCUACUAUAUUCUCACUGUAGAAUUUAGAAAAAAACAUUGUUUUCAGCCGACAAUCCCGAUCGUCAUAUAACCACAGCUGAUCUGGGAAAGAUGAAAUAUCUAGAACAAUGCAUAAAAGAGGGCAUGAGAAUGGCCCCAGUGGUCCCAAUGAUUGGGAGAAUCGCUCUGGAAGACAUCCCCAUUGGAGAUCUGGUCGUUCCAAAGGGAGUGGCCGUGCUGGUCACACCAUUUUUAGUCCAUAGAAAUCGAACGGUAAUCGUUUUCAUUGGCUUUAAAAGCGAGGCGAAAUGUCGCGAAAUUAUCGGCACUUUUUCUUGCCCGAAAAAAUUGCUUUUUAUCGGAUAGUGACAUUUCGUUUUGAACGAAUCACCAAAAAGGGGCGGGAAAUUUUUUCUUCUAUUUUGCAUUGACGUGGGCUGAAUCAACUUGCAUAAAAAUGAGGUGCUCCAAGUUAAUUUUCCAUCUUCAAAAAAGCACUUCUUGUAUCAGAUCUAUUACCAUGACAUUACCGCUAUCUUUUCAGCUUUGGAAGAACCCCAAUGAAUUCGAUCCGAGUCAUUUUGAUCCAGAAGAGUGCCGAAAGAGACAUCCCUUCGCCUAUAUUCCAUUCUCAGCCGGCGCUCGCAACUGCAUUGGUCAAAAGUUUGCAAUGAACCAACUGAAAGUGGUCCUAGCCCAUCUCUUUCGAAGAUUCAAAUUUAUCGGUGCUGUCCAUGAAGUCGAGAACCGAGGGUUGCCAGAAUUGGUGAUGAAGCCGAACAAAGGAUGUGUUCUCAGGGUCGAGGUUGUGAAUUGA